ACAAGGUCCAAUUUCGGUGCACGAAGUUUGGCAAUUCUCAAGACCAUCAAUCAAUCAAUCCUUUCUUCUUCCUUUCACCUCUAUACCAAAUCAUAUCUUCGCCGUCAUCAUGGCUUCGAUGGCACGCAUGAUGUUGCGUCCUGCAGUGGGAGCUGCUCGUGUUUCUCCUUUGUCAUCUGUUCGAAGUGCAGUUACUCCAUUUGCUUCUACAAGUCGUUCCGUUCAUAUUUCUGCCGAGUCAUCUUCAUUGGCAGCUCAUGGCUCAAUUCACGACAUUCAUCCAACAGAAACGUUCAAGGUAUCACUUUCACCCGAAUCAUUCCAAUAUCACAAAUUGGCUGAAGAACAUCAACCAUCAAUGGAAGUUGAAACAAGUAAAGAACAUUUGGUUAAACUUUACGAAGAGAUGGUAAAAAUGCGUCGUAUGGAAAUGGCAUCCGAUCAAUUAUACAAACAAAAACUCAUUCGUGGUUUCUGCCAUUUGGCAAUCGGUCAAGAAGCCGUUGCUGUUGGUAUGGAAUCGGGUAUGAAACCUUCUGAUAAACUCAUCACUGCAUACCGUUGCCAUCCUUUCACCGUUCAACGUGGUGGAACGAUCAAAAGUGUGAUUGCUGAAUUGUUUGGAAGAGAAGCAGGUAUCUCAAAAGGAAAGGGUGGAUCUAUGCACAUGUUCACACCUACUUUCUUUGGUGGUAACGGUAUCGUUGGUGCUCAAGUUCCCGUUGGUGCAGGUAUUGCAUUUGCUCAACAAUACAUGGGCACUCAAGAUGCAGUCUUUGCCAUGUACGGUGAUGGUGCAUCUAACCAAGGUCAAGUCUUUGAAGCAUUCAACAUGGCUGCUUUGUGGAAAUUGCCUUGUGUCUUUGUUUGCGAGAACAACAAAUACGGAAUGGGUACAAGUGCUGAGAGAAGUAGUAUGAACACCAAAUACUACACUCGUGGUGAUGUUAUCCCAGGUAUUCAAGUCAAUGCAAUGGACGUCUUGGCCGUUCAUCAAGCAACCGCAUUCGCAUCUAAAUACACUCUUGCCGGACAUGGACCACUUUUGAUGGAAAUGGUUACUUACCGCUACGGUGGUCACUCCUUGUCUGACCCAGGUACCACAUACCGUACACGUGAGGAAAUCGCAAGCAUGCGUUCAUCUAGUGACCCAAUUCAAGGUUUGAAGACUAAGCUAUUAGAAUGGGGUGUCGUUGAAGAAUCAGCAUUGAAGAAGGUCGACAAGAGCGCAAAGGAAGAAGUUGACCAAGCCGUUGAAGAAGCAAAGAAGAGUCCUGAACCUGAUGUAAAGGAAUUGUGGACUGAUAUCUACCACCGUGGAUCUGAACCUGAAUUCAUGCGUGGUCGUGAAAAGGAAGAAAUUCACUACUACAACAAGUAAGAGGAUCACAUUUUCCUAUUUACCCUUUUGACCUAGAGAGCAGAUGAUGGUUCU